UCGACGGACCAGAAAGCUUUUGAAAUUUCGGAGUUCAUCAAUCCGACGGCUGCGAAUGGAGCGGAGCGACGAGGAUUGCAUGACGCCGAAGCGCCGAGAGUGUAGGAUACCGGAGGCCUCCAUGUGUCCGCCGGCGCCGAGGAAGAAAGCCGCCGGGGAUCAAACAAAGAGGGACCCGCCGAAGAACGGCUACUUCCAGCCGCCCGAUCUCGACUCACUGUUCACUCUUCCGCCUAGAGCUCAAGUUUGCGCAUAACCAGUUUCGACAUUCAUUACACGAAUAACACGGCGGUCUGGUUUUGUUUGUGUACAUACUCUUAUUAUGUUUAUUUUGUUUUCCACUUCUGUAUUCUUCAAUUCGGGUUGGCUUGCCUGAAUUUCUUUAUUUUUCCGGUAAUGGGGACAAAUCGGAGUGGGUGUGGAGGGAGAACUGUAGACCUCAAGUGGGUCAUUUGUGAUGAAAUAAAAGGUUGGGGGGUUUGAAUCGAUUACCCUAAAAGGGAACCAAUAAAUUC